ACUCAGGGACCGUUUAGGGACUGCAUAAAGGUGGUGGACCCCCGGACCUACUUCCUCAGCUGUGUAUAUGACAUGUGUCGUUACGACGGACUUCUGCAGACCUUGUGUGACCAGUUGCAGGCAUACACAGAUGCUUGUUUGAGUGCUGGAGCACCAGUCCACCAGUGGAGGGACCCGGACUUCUGUCCUCUGCCAUGCCCACCCAACAGCCACUACUCCCUGUGUGUGAGCUGUCCAGAGACCUGCGUGGGACCGAAUGUAGGAGGGCCAGGUUGUGUAGAGCGCUGUGUGGAGGGAUGCCAGUGUGAUCCCGGAUUUGUUCUCAGCAACGAUCGCUGUGUCCCUCUCAAAGACUGCGGCUGUGUGGACCCUGAGGGCGCUUACCAUCCAGCUAACGAGAGCUGGUACGUGGAGAGUUGUACCCAGCGAUGUCUGUGUCGAGGAGAAGGAGUGAUCGAGUGUCACGAAACUAGCUGUGGCCCUUCAGAGUCCUGUCAGCUGCAAGACGGAGAAUAUGGUUGUCAUCCUCUAGUAACUACCACUAAACCACCAACUACCACCACCACUAGACCACCACCAACCACUCCCCCAGUGGAAUGUCCCCCCAACUCCCAGUACAUUCAAUGCGGACCAGCAUGCAUCCCAAGCUGCCAGGAACCAUCCAGCAACUGCACCGGGUCUUGCAUCAGCGGCUGCUUCUGUGACCCAGGCUAUGUGUACCGCGGAAAACGCUGCGUGCCCCUUCACGAGUGUGGCUGUUUAGACGAGCAUGACAACUAUUAUGAGUCGGGAGAGAUUGUCUUUGGUGACGGCUGCUCCAAGCUUUGCCGCUGUGCUGGAAACUACACACUCAGCUGUGUGGACAACUCCUGUAUUCCCACGGAGGAGUGUCGAGAGGUCAAUGGCCUGUCCAGCUGCUACCCCAAAGACACGUCCACCUGCACAGUGUCAGGUGACCCGCACUAUACCACGUUUGAUCGACGUUACUACGACUUCAUGGGCAACUGCAGCUACCUGUUGGCCAAGCCAUGCAACACCACCUUGGCCCCACCCUUCGCAGUGUAUGCCGACAACGAGAACCGAUACAACGUCCUGUCCGUCAGCUACCUGAAAGCUGUGCAUGUACACACCCUGGGAGUUGUCGUGUCGAUCUUGAAGGGUGGAGUGGUGCAGGUGAAUGGGACCACAGUAAACCUGCCUGCCAACCCGGCACAGGGACUGUCUGUCUUCCAGCAGGGGACACUCUGCACAGUGGUGGCAGAUUUUGGGGUGACUGUGCGCUAUGAUGGCAACCACUACAUGGACAUCAAAGUUACCAGCGACUACAAGAAUGUUCUUUGUGGUCUGUGUGGUGACUACAAUGCAAACCCCAAUGAUGACUUCCGUACUCCCACUGGUCAACUCGUCACAGAUGCCAACGAGUUUGGCCACAGCUGGAAUUCUGAUCCAAACUGCAACAAGAAACCCAAUGAGACCAUCCCUGAAUGCACAGACAACGAGCUGGAUGUGUUCCAGAGUCCAGCAUAUUGUGGAAUCUUGCUGGACGACAAGGGACCAUUCGCUGUCUGUCACCCAAGGGUCAACCCCAAUAAAUUCUUCAAAGAUUGUCUGUUUGACCUCUGCGCUCUGGGUGGAGCUCAGUCAUCAUUGUGUGAGGCUCUGGAGUCCUACGUCAAGGAGUGCCAGGACCGAGGAGUUGAUGUGGGGCCCUGGAGGAAUAGCACCUUCUGUCCUCUACGCUGCCCCCCCAACAGCCACUAUGAGGUGUGUGCCCCCGUCUGCCCUCCAUCCUGCACCCCUCCCAGUCCAGAGCAGUGCAACAGCCCAUGCGCAGAGGGAUGCGUUUGCGACCCAGGAUACGUCUACAGCUCAGGGCAGUGUGUCAAACGAGAGACCUGUGGCUGCCAGUACAAUGGGCAGUACUACCAGCCAGGAGAAGAAUUCUACACCGAGGGCUGUCAGUCAAAAUGCAAGUGCGAGGGUGGUGUUGUGACUUGCACAGAAGGUUCAUGUCCUCCACAACACAUCUGUGAGCUUCAGAAUGGACAGCUUGGCUGCUACCCCAUAAGUACAGAGGACUGCAUCAUAUCUGGAGACCCACACUAUACCACCUUUGAUGGAAAAUACUACACUUUCAUGGGAACCUGCACCUACACCUUGGCCAGGAGUUGCCAGAAUAAGACAGGGCCCUGGUUCUCAGUGGAGGCCAAGAAUGAAGAAAGGGGAGUAGCAGGUGUCUCAUACCUGCGCAAAUUGUAUGUGACUGUCAAUGGAGUCACAGUCACACUGAUGAAGAGCAGGAGGACAUUGGUGAACGGACUGCAGGUCUCCCUGCCUCACUCGCCCUCUCCAUUCAUCUCUCUCUCCCUGGCUGGUCAAUAUGUCACCCUGCAGACCACCUUUGGUCUGACUGUGCGCUGGGAUGGAAACCACUAUGCUCAAAUCUCUGUCCCCAGCUCCUACUCUGAGCAAAUGUGUGGUCUCUGUGGAGACUACGAUGGAAACUCCAACAACGACUUCAAAAAGCCAGGUGGUGCAUUAGCUGGUAACUCGGAUGAGUUUGGCAACAGUUGGCAAACAGAAGAGGAUGAAGAUGACAGGUGUGAGUCUGACAACAAACCUGACCCCCCUUGUGACCCCAGCCUGGAAGCAGAGGUUUCCAAACCAGAGAAAUGUGGGAAGCUGAAUGACACUCAGGGACCGUUUAGGGACUGCAUAAAGGUGGUGGACCCCCGGACCUACUUCCUCAGCUGUGUAUAUGACAUGUGUCGUUACGACGGACUUCUGCAGACCUUGUGUGACCAGUUGCAGGCAUACACAGAUGCUUGUUUGAGUGCUGGAGCACCAGUCCACCAGUGGAGGGACCCGGACUUCUGUCCUCUGCCAUGCCCACCCAACAGCCACUACUCCCUGUGUGUGAGCUGUCCGGAGACCUGCGUGGGACCGAAUGUAGGAGGGCCAGGUUGUGUAGAGCGCUGUGUGGAGGGAUGCCAGUGUGAUCCUGGAUUUGUUCUCAGCAACGAUCGCUGUGUCCCUCUCAAAGACUGCGGCUGUGUGGACCCUGAGGGCGCUUACCAUCCAGCUAACGAGAGCUGGUACGUGGAGAGUUGUACCCAGCGAUGUCUGUGUCGAGGAGAAGGAGUGAUCGAGUGUCACGAAACUAGCUGUGGCCCUUCAGAGUCCUGUCAGCUGCAAGACGGAGAAUAUGGUUGUCAUCCUCUAGUGGAAUGUCCCCCCAACUCCCAGUACAUUCAAUGCGGACCAGCAUGCAUCCCAAGCUGCCAGGAACCAUCCAGCAACUGCACCGGGUCUUGCAUCAGCGGCUGCUUCUGUGACCCAGGCUAUGUGUACCGCGGAAAACGCUGCGUGCCCCUUCACGAGUGUGGCUGUUUAGACGAGCAUGACAACUAUUAUGAGUCGGGAGAGAUUGUCUUUGGUGACGGCUGCUCCAAGCUUUGCCGCUGUGCUGGAAACUACACACUCAGCUGUGUGGACAACUCCUGUAUUCCCACGGAGGAGUGUCGAGAGGUCAAUGGCGUGUCAGGCUGCUACCCCAAAGACACGUCCACCUGCACAGUGUCAGGUGACCCGCACUAUACCACGUUUGAUCGACGUUUCUACGACUUCAUGGGCAACUGCAGCUACCUGUUGGCCAAGCCAUGCAACACCACCUUGGCCCCACCCUUCGCAGUGUAUGCCGACAACGAGAACCGAUACAACGCCCUGUCCGUCAGCUACCUGAAAGCUGUGCAUGUACACACCCUGGGAGUUGUCGUGUCGAUCUUGAAGGGUGGAGUGGUGCAGGUGAAUGGGACCAGAGUAAACCUGCCUGCCAACCCGGCACAGGGACUGUCUGUCUUCCAGCAGGGGACAGUCUACACAGUGGUGGCAGAUUUUGGGGUGACUGUGCGCUAUGAUGGCAACCACUACAUGGACAUCAAAGUUACCAGCGACUACAAGAAUGUUCUUUGUGGUCUGUGUGGUGACUACAAUGCAAACCCCAAUGAUGACUUCCGUACUCCCACUGGUCAACUCGUCACAGAUGCCAACGAGUUUGGCCACAGCUGGAAUUCUGAUCCAAACUGCAACAAGAAACCCAAUGAGACCAUCCCUGAAUGCACAGACAACGAGCUGGAUGUGUUCCAGAGUCCAGCAUAUUGUGGAAUCUUGCUGGACGACAAGGGACCAUUCGCUGUCUGUCACCCAAGGGUCAACCCCAAUAAAUUCUUCAAAGAUUGUCUGUUUGACCUCUGCGCUCUGGGUGGAGCUCAGUCAUCAUUGUGUGAGGCUCUGGAGUCCUACGUCAAGGAGUGCCAGGACCGAGGAGUUGUUGUGGGGCCCUGGAGGAAUAGCACCUUCUGUCCUCUACGCUGCCCCCCCAACAGCCACUAUGAGGUGUGUGCUCCCGUCUGCCCUCCAUCCUGCACCCCUCCCAGUCCAGAGCAGUGCAACAGCCCAUGCGCAGAGGGAUGCGUUUGCGACCCAGGAUACGUCUACAGCUCAGGGCAGUGUGUCAAACGAGAGACCUGUGGCUGCCAGUACAAUGGGCAGUACUACCAGCCAGGAGAAGAAUUCUACACCGAGGGCUGUCAGUCAAAAUGCAAGUGUGAGGGUGGUGUUGUGACUUGCACAGAAGGUUCAUGUCCUCCACAACACAUCUGUGAGCUUCAGAACGGACAGCUUGGCUGCUACCCCAUAAGUACAGAGGACUGCAUCAUAUCUGGAGACCCACACUAUACCACCUUUGAUGGAAAAUACUACACUUUCAUGGGAACCUGCACCUACACCUUGGCCAGGAGUUGCCAGAAUAAGACAGGGCCCUGGUUCUCAGUGGAGGCCAAGAAUGAAGAAAGGGGAGUAGCAGGUGUCUCAUACCUGCGCAAAUUGUAUGUGACUGUCAAUGGAGUCACAGUCACACUGAUGAAGAGCAGGAGGACAUUGGUGAACGGACUGCAGGUCUCCCUGCCUCACUCGCCCUCUCCAUUCAUCUCUCUCUCCCUGGCUGGUCAAUAUGUCACCCUGCAGACCACCUUUGGUCUGACUGUGCGCUGGGAUGGAAACCACUAUGCUCAAAUCUCUGUCCCCAGCUCCUACUCUGAGCAAAUGUGUGGUCUCUGUGGAGACUACGAUGGAAACUCCAACAACGACUUCAAAAAGCCAGGUGGUGCAUUAGCUGGUAACUCGGAUGAGUUUGGCAACAGUUGGCAAACAGAAGAGGAUGAAGAUGACAGGUGUGAGUCUGACAACAAACCUGACCCCCCUUGUGACCCCAGCCUGGAAGCAGAGGUUUCCAAACCAGAGAAAUGUGGGAAGCUGAAUGACACUCAGGGACCGUUUAGGGACUGCAUAAAGGUGGUGGACCCCCGGACCUACUUCCUCAGCUGUGUAUAUGACAUGUGUCGUUACGACGGACUUCUGCAGACCUUGUGUGACCAGUUGCAGGCAUACACAGAUGCUUGUUUGAGUGCUGGAGCACCAGUCCACCAGUGGAGGGACCCGGACUUCUGUCCUCUGCCAUGCCCACCCAACAGCCACUACUCCCUGUGUGUGAGCUGUCCGGAGACCUGCGUGGGACCGAAUGUAGGAGGGCCAGGUUGUGUAGAGCGCUGUGUGGAGGGAUGCCAGUGUGAUCCCGGAUUUGUUCUCAGCAACGAUCGCUGUGUCCCUCUCAAAGACUGCGGCUGUGUGGACCCUGAGGGCGCUUACCAUCCAGCUAACGAGAGCUGGUACGUGGAGAGUUGUACCCAGCGAUGUCUGUGUCGAGGAGAAGGAGUGAUCGAGUGUCACGAAACUAGCUGUGGCCCUUCAGAGUCCUGUCAGCUGCAAGACGGAGAAUAUGGUUGUCAUGCUCUAGUGGAAUGUCCCCCCAACUCUCAGUACAUUCAAUGCGGACCAGCAUGCAUCCCAAGCUGCCAGGAACCAUCCAGCAACUGCACCGGGUCUUGCAUCAGCGGCUGCUUCUGUGACCCAGGCUAUGUGUACCGCGGAAAACGCUGCGUGCCCCUUCACGAGUGUGGCUGUUUAGACGAGCAUGACAACUAUUAUGAGUCGGGAGAGAUUGUCUUUGGUGACGGCUGCUCCAAGCUUUGCCGCUGUGCUGGAAACUACACACUCAGCUGUGUGGACAACUCCUGUAUUCCUAUGGAGGAGUGUCGAGAGGUCAAUGGCGUGUCAGGCUGCUACCCCAAAGACACGUCCACCUGCAUAGUGUCAGGUGACCCGCACUAUACCACGUUUGAUCGACGUUACUACGACUUCAUGGGCAACUGCAGCUACCUGUUGGCCAAGCCAUGCAACACCACCUUGGCCCCACCCUUCGCAGUGUAUGCCGACAACGAGAACCGAUACAACGUCCUGUCCGUCAGCUACCUGAAAGCUGUGCAUGUACACACCCUGGGAGUUGUCGUGUCGAUCUUGAAGGGUGGAGUGGUGCAGGUGAAUGGGACCACAGUAAACCUGCCUGCCAACCCGGCACAGGGACUAUCUGUCUUCCAGCAGGGGACACUCUACACAGUGGUGGCAGAUUUUGGGGUGACUGUGCGCUAUGAUGGCAACCACUACAUGGACAUCAAAGUUACCAGCGACUACAAGAAUGUUCUUUGUGGUCUGUGUGGUGACUACAAUGCAAACCCCAAUGAUGACUUCCGUACUCCCACUGGUCAACUCGUCACAGAUGCCAACGAGUUUGGCCACAGCUGGAAUUCUGAUCCUAACUGUAACAAGAAACCCAAUGAGACCAUCCCUGAAUGCACAGACAACGAGCUGGAUGUGUUCCAGAGUCCAGCUUAUUGUGGAAUCUUGCUGGAUGUCAAAGGACCAUUCGCUGUCUGUCACCCAAGAGUCAACCCCAAUAAAUUCUUCAAAGAUUGUCUGUAUGACCUUUGCGCUCUGGGUGGAGCUCAGUCAUCAUUGUGUGAGGCUCUGGAGUCUUACGUCAAGGAGUGCCAAGACCGAGAAGUUGAUGUGGGGCCCUGGAGGAAUAGUACCUUCUGUCCUCUACACUGCCCCCCUAACAGCCACUAUGAGGUGUGUGCCCCCGUCUGCCCUCCAUCCUGCACACCUCCCAGUCAAGAGCAGUGCAACAGCUCAUGCGCAGAGGGAUGCGUUUGUGACCCAGGAUACGUCUACAGCUCAGGGCAGUGUGUCAAACGAGAGACCUGUGGCUGCCAGUACAAUGGGCAGUACUACCAGCCAGGAGAAGAAUUCUACACCGAGGGCUGUCAGUCAAAAUGCAAGUGUGAGGGUGGUGUUGUGACUUGCACAGAAGGUUCAUGUCCUCCACAACACAUCUGUGAGCUUCAGAAUGGACAGCUUGGCUGCUACCCCAUAAGUACAGAGGACUGCAUCAUAUCUGGAGACCCACACUAUACCACCUUUGAUGGAAAAUACUACACUUUCAUGGGAACCUGCACCUACACCUUGGCCAGGAGUUGCCAGAAUAAGACAGGGCCCUGGUUCUCAGUGGAGGCCAAGAAUGAAGAAAGGGGAGUAGCAGGUGUCUCAUACCUGCGCAAAUUGUAUGUGACUGUCAAUGGAGUCACAGUCACACUGAUGAAGAGCAGGAGGACAUUGGUGAACGGACUGCAGGUCUCCCUGCCUCACUCGCCCUCUCCAUUCAUCUCUCUCUCCCUGGCUGGUCAAUAUGUCACCCUGCAGACCACCUUUGGUCUGACUGUGCGCUGGGAUGGAAACCACUAUGCUCAAAUCUCUGUCCCCAGCUCCUACUCUGAGCAAAUGUGUGGUCUAUGUGGAGACUACGAUGGAGACUCCAACAAUGACUUCAAAAAGCCAGGUGGCUCAUUAGCUGGUAACUCGGAUGAGUUUGGCAACAGUUGGCAAACAGAAGAGGAUGAAGAUGACAGGUGUGAGUCUGACAACAAACCUGACCCCCCUUGUGACCCCAGCCUGGAAGCAGAGGUUUCCAAACCAGAGAAAUGUGGGAAGCUGAAUGACACUCAGGGACCGUUUAGGGACUGCAUAAAGGUGGUGGACCCCCGGACCUACUUCCUCAGCUGUGUAUAUGACAUGUGUCGUUACGACGGACUUCUGCAGACCUUGUGUGACCAGUUGCAGGCAUACACAGAUGCUUGUUUGAGUGCUGGAGCACCUGUCCACCAGUGGAGGCACCCGGACUUCUGUCCUCUGCCAUGCCCACCCAACAGCCACUACUCCCUGUGUGUGAGCUGUCCGGAGACCUGCGUGGGACCGAAUGUAGGAGGGCCAGGUUGUGUAGAGCGCUGUGUGGAGGGAUGCCAGUGUAAUCCCGGAUUUGUUCUCAGCAACGAUCGCUGUGUCCCUCUCAAAGACUGCGGCUGUGUGGACCCUGAGGGCGCUUACCAUCCAGCUAACGAGAGCUGGUACGUGGAGAGUUGUACCCAGCGAUGUCUGUGUCGAGGAGAAGGAGUGAUCGAGUGUCACGAAACUAGCUGUGGCCCUUCAGAGUCCUGUCAGCUGCAAGACGGAGAAUAUGGUUGUCAUCCUCUAGAUGAAGGAAUUUGCUCCGUUUCCGGUGACCCUCACUACGUCACGUUUGAUAAGAAAGUCCACCAUUUCCAGGGCUCUUGUUCUUACACUUUAACCCAACCCUGCAAUGCCACAUCUGGACUGCCAUACUUCUCUGUUGACACCCAGAAUGAGCACAGAGGCACUAACAAACACAUUUCCUACGUUCGUGCCGUCGUCGUGAAAACUCAAGGACUAGAGAUUGUUUUGGGCAAAGGACGAAGGACACUGGUGAAUGGUGUUCGAGUUACACCGCCUGUUUCUUUGCCUGGGGGUGUCAAAGUCUAUCUCAGUGGCACAUUCAUGGUGUUGGAGACCGAUUUUGGGCUGCGGGUGCGAUAUGAUGGGAAUCACCAUGCUGAUGUCACCCUGCCAUCCUCCUACAGGGGACUCCUGUGCGGUCUUUGCGGGAAUUAUAAUGACCAGCCCAGCGAUGACAAUCUGAAGCCAGACGGCAAACCGGAACCAAACACAGACCUGCUGGGAGAAAGUUGGCAGGUCCCUGACAACCGCACUGACUGUUCCCAUGAUGGGGGAGUGGACAAGUGUGAUGAAAAGGUGGAGUCUGAAGCCAAGAAACCCACCAGCUGUGGCAUGAUCACAGACCCCAAUGGCAUUUUCAAGCCCUGUCACUCAGUGGUGCCCCCUGAUGUGUAUUAUGAGAACUGCAUCUACGACCAGUGUGGUACCAGCGGGGACACUGUGGCCCUUUGCCAGGCCCUCCAGAGCUAUGCAGACCUGUGUGCGCAGGCCGGCGUCUCCAUCUCCUGGAGAAACAACACAUUUUGUCCACUCAAGUGCCCCGUGGGCAGUCAUUACACCCCCUGCGGUACAGCCUGCCCCCCUACCUGCCAGGUCCUUGACUCUGCCAACACGUGUUAUCAGCCAUGUGUGGAGGGGUGUGUAUGUGACACUGGCCUGGUGCUCAGUGGGGACAAGUGUGUCCCCCUGAGCCAGUGUGGCUGCACAGACAAGGACAACAACUACCAUCCGGUGGGAGAUGCCUGGUUCCCCGUGCCCGACUGUUCGGAGCGCUGCGUGUGUAAAGGCCACAACAGCAUCGCCUGCGACCCGUGGCAGUGCGGCCCGGCGCAGGUGUGCAGCGUACAGGAAGGCCAGCUUGGCUGUCACUCCACAGGGCAGGGUGUGUGCCAUGUGGCAGGUGACCCUCAUUAUUACACCUUUGACGGCGUAAUGCACACCUUCAUGGGCACCUGCACUUACACACUGGUGAAGAUAUGCAACAGCAGCCAGGUGACAGCCUUCACCAUCGUUGCCAAGAACGAGGAGCGGGGCCAGCCUGAAGCCUCCUACGUGAACUCGGUCACCAUCAGCCUGCCAGCCGGCAACAUCACGCUCAGCAAGGCCAACAGGGUGCUGGUGGAUGGACGUAGAAUCCGCACCCCUUUCGCCGUCACCCAAGGCGGGACCAGGAUUUCAAGCAGCGGUGUCUACAGUGUGCUCAACACAGACUUCGGACUCGUGGUGAAGUUUGAUGGCGUGCACCAUCUGGAGAUAACCAUACCUGGGGAUUACUUUGGCAAGGUAUGCGGCAUGUGUGGGAACUACAAUGAUGACUCCAUGGAUGAUGACCUGAUGCCCAACGGCCGGCCAGCAAAGGAUGUGGUUGAACUGGGAAACAGCUGGAAGGCCGAGGGAGACAGCGACCCUGGCUGCCAGCCAGACGACAGGGAGGACCUGAACCCAAAGUGCACGGUGGCGCAGGAGCUGCAGCUGCGCUCCCUGUGCGCAGACGUGCUGCUCUCCGAGCUCUUCGAGCCCUGCCACGCCCUGCUGGCCCCGAAGCCUUUCCUGGACAACUGCGUGUACGACAUGUGCGAGUAUGAUGGCAUGCAGGAGACGCUGUGCGACAACGUGGAGGCCUACGCUCAGGCCUGUCAGAGUCUGGGCAUCACCAUCAGCUGGAGGAACAACACCUUCUGCCCUCUGCCAUGUCCUCCCAACAGCCACUACUCACCCUGCGGCGCUCCCUGUCCCCCCACCUGCGCCGACCUGUUCCCCUCCGACUGCCUGCAGCAGCCCAGUGCCUGUGUGGAGGGCUGUCAGUGCGAUGCCGGUCACGUGCUGAGUGACGGACAGUGCGUACCGCUGUCGAGCUGCGGCUGCGUGGAUCCCGACGGCGAGUACCACGACGUGGGCGACAGCUGGUUAAAUGAGCACUGCGAUGAGAAAUGCAACUGCUUGCUGGGCGCCAAUCUUACCUGCAAGCCGUUCAAGUGCAGUGAGCACUCCAUCUGCGCACUGGAUAAAGAUGGCAUCCGCUCCUGCAGGCCGGAGAAGUUCAGCAAGUGCAGUAUUUCAGGCGACCCACACUACCGGACCUUCGAUGGGUUCAACCAUCAUUACCAAGGCCUCUACACCUACAUUUUAACCCAGGCCCACGAUGUAGCCAGCUCGUUGGAGCCCCUGGUGAUCCGGGGGAAGAAUGCACGAAGAGGUAGCAACAGGCGGAUCACCUUUUUGCAUGAGAUGUACAUCGAUGUGUAUGGCGUCAACGUGCGCUUCUUACAGAAGAGGAAGGUGCUGGUGAAUGGAGAGAUGAUCCACCCACCCCUGACGCCCAGACAGGGCCUCAGCAUCACCCUGAGCUCCCGCGGUGUCCAGCUCGCCACAGACUUUGGCCUCACUGUUCGCUUCGAUGGCAACUACCAAGCUGAGGUCGUCCUGCCCAGCACCUACAGGGGUGCAGUGCUGGGGCUGUGUGGGAAUUUUGACGGACGGGCCAACAACGAGUACACGAAGCCGGACGGCACUCAGACCCGCAAUCUCAACGAGUUUGGGGACAGCUGGAGAGUCAGCGACCGGCAGGGCCCCGCCUCCCCCUUGACCAGCCCGGACCAGGCACUGCACCUGCACAGGCGGGAGGUGGAGCCAGAACCUGACGACGGGUUUGACACACUGGGGUGCACUGAGGCUCAACUGAGCGCACUGAACAGCACUGACCAGUGCGGGGCACUCUCGGACCCCAGUGGACCCUUCGUGGCCUGCCAUGACAUCCUUGAACCCAACCAGUUUCAACAGGACUGUAUAUUUGACCUCUGCGCCGAGCAACAAGACCCGCAACUGCGCUGUGACAGCUACAAGGUAUAUGCCGAGGCCUGUCAGGAGGAGGGCGUCAAACUCGGGCCCUGGAGACAGCAGCUGAGCUGUGCCCUGUCUUGCCCGGGAAACAGCACGUAUAGCAGCAGCAUGACGGCCUGCCCAGCGUCCUGCGGCGACCUCUCUGCGCCCUCGGCAUGCGCUGAGCCUUUCGUCACGGAAGGCUGCCAGUGCGCCUCCGGAUUCACCAUGAGCGGCACCGAGUGCGUCCCCUACACCCAGUGCGGCUGCAGAUACCUGGGAAGAUACUUUCUGCUGAACGAGAGUUUUGUGACGGAGGACUGUACCCAGAGCUGCCGGUGCACGCAGACCGGGGCGGUGUGCCAGCCCAUGAGCUGUCCAAAGCAGUACAUCUGCACCAUCUACGACUUCGUACGCGACUGCUACAAGGCGAGCCCGUGCCUCAACUACCCAUGUCUGAAUGGAGGCAAUUGCACCGCCACCUCUGAGGACACCUUCACCUGCCAGUGUCCCGAGGGCUUUGAGGGUUCGCACUGUGAGAUAGAGAAGGUGGUCAGCGACGGCCUCGAUAAGCUGACAGUGAUUCUGAUUGGAGUUCUGGUUCCUCUCGGGGUGAUAAUCAUCGCCUUGAUAUGCGUUUGUGUGUGCAAGAGCAGCAGGAAAAGGCAGAAGUACGAAAACAAAGAACUUCUAAUGGACAGAACACGAGAUUCUUUCGAUGUAGAUAUGGAUUCUGAGACCACAAGGAAGGUUACUGUAACUAAGUUUUGAAGAAUGGAUUGAGCAUUUCAUAUGAAAAAAUAACAAUUUUAUAUUUACUUCUGUUUAGGGGUGUCAAGGGUUAGAAUAUUCCGGUACCUCAAAGCCAAACCACCAUCAUUCGUAUAUAUUCUAACUUUUCAUCAAUACUGUAAUUGUAUUAUGCCAAUUUGACUUCAUGUUUGCCGUUUUAUUUAUUUAAAACCUCUGUGAUCUGGGCUGAAAGC